AUGCCGGUGUUGAAGGAGGCCAAGUACAAAGUCCUGGACAAAGACGCCUUGGAGCUUUUGAGGAUGGACCAGGUAGAACUUCUGGACGACGGAGGCUAUUCGGAGGUGAUCUUAGCCGCGAGAGUUCGACAACCGAGGGCGAAAAAGGUUUUGAAGAAGUUCUUGUUGUUUGAGGAUGACGACGACACCCAGAGGAUGUGGAAAUGGUCCUCCUUUGAACAUGAGCUGUCCUUCUUGCAAUCCCUGGAGCACCCUAACAUCGUCAGGGUAUUGGCUGCUGUUCAGUGCCCGUCCUACCUGGGCUUUCUGAUGGAGUACCUCCCCACAGAUCUUUACCGUAUACUGCUUGACGUGACCUACUCCGAGGCGGAAUCCUACACAAGUCAGCUCACGGACGUCAUGUGCUACUUGCACGGUAAGCGCGUCAUCCACGGAGAUCUCAAGCUAGAGAACGUUCUCGUAGACAGAGCCGGCGUGGUCAAACUAUGUGACUUCGGUCACUCUCAGGUCAUUCCCGAGGAUACAGACAAGCCUGACGGCUGGAGAGGCACAGAUGGUUAUCUGCCACCAGAGUUGGACGACAGCCAAUUUCACAACGCCUUCAAGAUGGACAACUACUCCCUGGGCAUCUUGCUGUGGGCUUUGUUCUACGGGACUGCUCCGCGCGAUAACAUCGACUAUCUGUACAAAGUGGAGAUCGGUUCGUUUCUCAAGCCACAACACAAACACUGUCUUCAGCGUCUUCUGGUUGUAUCCCCGACACAACGAGCAGACAUUUGGGAGAUUGCUGGGAUUCUCAAGGACGAGGAUACACCAGAAUGUCGCGUGAGGCAGGACUCUGUGUGCUCUGUGAGCUCCGUGAGUUCUUCAGACUCUGCUCAAGCGAAUCGGUCAUCUCCAGACAGCUGUUCUUCUUCUGUAACGGAAUGUCAUAAGAGUGAGGACUUAAAUAACCAGUUCUUUGCCCCACCACCCCCAGACCCCCAGGAGACACCGUGCUACCUUCUUCCUCAAACGGCAUAUCCUGACAGCGGAGUCGCCCCAGUCAACCUUGCUCCGAGUUCGCCGCCUCUCUACCAAGAUCUUUGUAAAGUGGAAGUCAGCAAUUCUUAG